AUGAAGGAUUUGUACGACACUGGGCAGAUUCAGAAAGAGAGUCAGAAAAAGAGACAGUCACAGGAAGAUGCAGACAAGCACAUCAUGCAGGAGGCAGAGAAGAUAGAAGAACAGAAUCUUCAGAAGGCAAAACAAGCAAGAAUGAAAUUGGAAGAAGCGGCUGAGACACAGAAGGGGACUACUCAGACGAUGAGAGCACAAGGAGAGAAGAUAAUCGAUGCAAAGAAGAGUGCUUCGAAGACCCAUAAGAAUGCAAAGGCAGCAAAUGAUUUGGCUAUUGAUUUGCAUGAGAAUAGAAAUGCAUGGGCCAUAAAUUGUGGAUGCAUAACAAGCAUAAAGAAGUGGUGUUCACGAGAAGGAGGCGAAGAGGAAGCAAUGAGUGGAUUGAAGCGAAACAGGGGUGGAACAGUCAAAGACAACGACGAGGAGUCAUCUGAAGUUAUAGAGGUGGAAGGAGAAGAAUACGUGAAGGGAGCGAAUAAGACAGAUACAGAAAUGAAGAAGAUUCUUCAUGGUUUGAAGAAAAUUAACAAGGAGGCUGACGUACAGACCAAGGUAGCUGGAAAGCAGAAGACAGACCUGGAAGAUAUAAGUAAGGCAAAUGAAUACACAAAGAAAGAAGUGGAUGCUACAAAUAAGCGACUUGAGAAGGAUCUUGAAGAAUAA